CGUUAGUAACUCGCAUUCAUUCCCCUCAUUAGCACCAGUGACAGUACACGUUUCCCCGUUUUAUCUCACGUAAACAAUCUACAAAAAACAAAUUGGGGCCUCUUGAUUGUUAAAUAUCGAUGAAGCUGAGGUAAUAUGCACAGCAGUCGGUCUCUGUGUCGUUCAAGUCAAUUCAGGCAGGCCACAGUACCCCCCUCCCCAUUCACCGCGACGGCGGCCCAACGAUGAACUCUCAAGAAAAGCCCCCAAAAACGCGAAGCGAGAUGGACAUCGAGUUGGACGAGUCCUCGCCGGCGAACGAUAAUGAGUCCCCAGACCCGCGGCCUCGCAAGCCAUCAAAGAUUCAGAACGGCGUGGAUCAAUACAAGCUGAACAACAACCUGGGGGAAGAGCCCCCGAAAUCCCUGAAGCUCCCGGGCAUGUCGAACGGUUCUCCGGAGGAGCCGAUGUCCUCGAGCCGCUUCAAGCCCCUCAACGCGAACUUUCCGAGUCCCCAGUCGUCCCCGACGCCCUCCCCCUCAACGGGGCACGACCCACACGACGACGCGGACAUGCGGAACAACGUGGACUACGUCUGUGGCAUCAACAAGUGCCCUCCGAAGGUCUCCUGCAGCUCGAGCUCGAGCCCAGAGGAUUACGCGUCCGUCGGAGCUCUGAAUAACAUCGGGGGCUGCAUCGGCUCGACGAGCCAGGGCACCUGCGGCUUCCUGAGGCCUAACAUCAACGGGAGCCGGGAGACGCCGGGCCCCAGUGGCUUACAACGACCCCAAAGAGAACGACGAGACUCGAGUUCUGGGAAUGAGGGGGACAUGUCCGACGAGGACUACUGUAUAUACACGUACAAGGGGAACGACGAGGCCGACGAGGAUGACGACAGGCUCCAGGGGGUCGCCGAGGGCCAGGAGGCCGCCGGACAGCCCCUCAGUGGGCGAUCCAGUCCCGAGAUGGACUUUCUCGAGAUGGAUUUCGAUCCUGGACCUUCCUGCGAGCAGGACACCGGCGACAGCGAUCUCGCCUCGAUCAAUGAGGACAUUCAGAACAUCGCGCUCGAUCACGCUGAGGACCCGGUGUUUCUGAAUGACUUGAGCGGGGGGAAGGUGGUCUCCAAGAGCACUGGGGCACAGGAGAACCAGAGGCAGGAGCCCAAUGUCUGCUGCGAGGUGGAGAACGACGUGAAUUUGCCCUCGGGCAGCGGAGCUGGGGAGAGCCAGCAGGGGGGACACAGCUCCGUCUCCGGAAUACAGAGGCGGAAGACCCCAUGUGCUCACCGAAACCCCGGACUCCUAUUCCGAGAGUCGUACGGCUACCACAAGACAAGUGGCGAUUUAAUAUCCCCAGGCGAAAGUAGAGACGCUGAUUCUGAGCUGUGGGCUGACGCUGCUGCAGUGCCACUGCCAGAGAAUUCAGCCCUCAACUCUCGAAAAGUCAAUCUCUCCUCGACCCUGUACCAUCGAAUGAUGGCGAAGAAACUGAUGCUCAAUAAACAAACAGCUUUCAACCAGAGUGGUGACUCCAAUCUGGAGAGUGAGUUGUACAACGAACGACUCGAGGGCCUUCUGCCAGUGGAAAAAGUCAUGCUUUGGAGUGAACAAGAGGCAACUGUCAAGCAAGUUACGCAGAUUGCAACGUCCGCCUGUGCUGCGACAUCAGCUGUCAAUGCACUUCUCGCCCUCGAUGUGCCAUUCUCCCUCGAGGUUCUAGUCAAGAGCAUUGCGACUAGACAGAGGGAACCUGGAAGCCCUCUACCUAGGUAUCUCGUGAGCAGAUCACAAGCUGGUGCGACGCACAAGGAUCUCAUUCGGGGAUUGUCACUCGCUACUAAUGGGGCUGUGAUCUCAAAAUUCUUUGACUUUUACCCGGAGAGAGCGAUAUCGUUGUCACACUGGCUGCAUUAUUGGAUUUCUAAGGGUGCUGCACCAAUAGCUACGUUGAAUCUCCAGAAUUAUGGAACAGGAACGAAAAUACCUGAUGCUUGGCAUCACCAAAUGAUCUUCGGGGUCAGCCCAGCUGGCAUCUACUUCACUAAUCCACUUGAAUGCCUUCCUGAGCAUAUUGUAUGGCAUCAACUGGUGAGCCCCAGUGUUCUAUUGAUUCGCCGAGCAGACGUUUUAGCACACUGGAAUCCCACAACUGAUUUGACACCACUUGCUCAAAUGGAUCAUCGCUGGAGAAGGCUCAAUGUUCUUGGUCAAAUAGUGAAUAUGAUACGUGAAUCAAUGGAUCCGAGACGUCCACCUGGAUCACGUACCACUGGACCCACUCACAUUCGCAUACCAGCAUCGUACAGCGCAGGAAUAACCCUAGUGAUGCGCUCUGAAGCACCUGCAGCUGAUGAACUACUGAAUGCCGAGCAGCUUCCUCUACUCUAGUCCGAACCUUGCAGAUACUACUUUGAUGGUAAAGAAUUAUCAAAUGGGAAAAGCUGAUGACUGGGGGAUAAUGGCAGUUAUUAAUGACGCACAGAACAGAACAGAAUAGAAAUUUACCAGUCAAAUUGGGAUAAUGAUUGUAAUUAAUUGUGGAAUUCAGAAGGAGAGUGGUCGGAGGGAUAAAUCAAUUUUAUUUCACUCUAAAUAUCUCGUAAUAUCUCUCAUGAAUUUGUUAAACAAAUUUUGAUUCACUUUUGAUUUUUUUUGUUCUGUUGAAAUUUUUUCAUAGAUUAUUGUUUCAAUCAAAAUUCAAUAGAAUUUCUAGAAAUGCAGGAUUUUUAAAUCAAAUUUUUGUCCAAUUUUGCUGGACAAAAAUGUUCCUCAAAAAGUUUACUAUUCCCAUUAGACUUCGAGAUAUUGGAAAAAAAACGAUUCUGAAAUUGAUUUAAUUCACUCCAUUCUACCAUUCCACAACUGAACAAAGAUCUGAUUUGAAUGAAUUAGGAUUUACAAUAGAAUGUUCCAGUGAUCUAGGGCCUCAUUUUUCUGACAAUGCAGAAUUAAGCACAUGAAUCAAGAAGACAGUAUAUAGUUUUUCAGUUUUAUAACUGAAAUUUUCAUAGCGUGUACUAUUUAUCAAAUCAGAUUCUCCAACGAAAUAAAAAAAUGAAAAAAUUAAGAAAAUCGCGUAAAUAUCAAUUUCCUGUCAUUGGAGACACGGAAUGUGUUCAGAUCAAAUAUUACUAAUUUGUGUUUCGAUUUUGUUAUUAAUCUGCAGCCAAUGAGUAUUCAGUGGCUGCUUUGGUAUUACUGUAUAUAUCUUAUUCAUAGAUAAUUAAUUGGCCUGCAGUUGAGCCUCAAGUUGAAACGAGAAAUAAAUAAUUGUUUUUCUUCUUUUCCAACAAAUGAGAAAAUUCGAUGACUCUGUGAUUUAUGUUUGCAUGGAAUAAAGAGACAAUCCUGAAUUUCAAUGAAUUAAA